GUCAAUUGAUUGGCAUUGGUUCAAUGUAGGAUUCGUUAUUAUCGCAUCUAAUUGUACAUAUAUUUUUAGAAGCAAUUGCACAAUGCUUUACGAAAAUAUAAUGUUGUAUCAAUUGAAAAAAACUGGAGAUAUUGUGAGCCUCUUCAGCAAAGACUAGCUUUUGACCUUUAUUGUAGAAGGAGUACCUUCCUUAGCAUGGGCUUAUAGAUAUGUUUUAAUAAAUGAUAAUUUAAACACUUUCGAUGGAAUUGUAUAAUAUCUUGAAUAAAAUUAAGUUGCUUAUGCUGUAUAUAAUGGUAUUGGUGGAAAAAGCCAAAAUUAGGGAGUUAUAAUGAUGAGGGAUCCAUUUAAUAUGUACCCAACAAUUGGUUUGAACGUUUCAAUUUUAAGUCAGACCAAUCAUUAAUAGAUGCCAUGAGACAGAAUUUUAUAAUUA